CGGCAUUCAAGAGUUUUUUGUCAAGACCGGAAAAAUGGCGGCAUGCAGUGACUGAACGCCAUGCCGACAACUAAGAAUCAAAGGAGAAUUUGACUUUGCUGAACAGAGUGAAGCAUGGCACGACCACUGAACAUAGCUCCUGCGUUAACCACAGCCAAGGAAGCGUUGAGUGCAGCAGGGCAGCAUGUGGACACAUACAUAGCACAGGAUAAAGGCUAUCCUGAACUGACGCAACUACUCAAUACAACUUCCUCAGCUCAUGCCACUCUGAGCGGGAUCAGUGAUGUGGAUUAUCCAUCCUUAUCUUCAGCUUCUGUAGGAUUAGCCGAUUUACCUCAGCUUAGUCCAGCCAAGAGAGUGCCUUUGCCUCCUGAACUUGUGGAGCAGUUUGGACAUAUGCAAUGCAACUGCAUGAUGGGGGUGUUUCCUCAGAUAAGCCGGGCCUGGCUGUCGGUCGACAGUGAUAUCUUUGUCUGGAACUACGAAGAUGGUGGUGACCUAGCCUACUUUGACGGUUUGAGCGAAACCAUACUAUGCGCUGGCCUAGUACAACCCAAGCCCAACAUAUUCCGUAGUCACAUUCGGUUCCUGUUGUGCCUGGUGACUCCCGUGGAGAUAGUCCUGCUUGGUGUAAGCUUCACUCAGCCUCAUGAAGAUGUGGGACAGAAUGACUACAGUCGCUGCGAAAUGCACCUGUUGCCGGAUCCACUCUUCUCCAUCCAAUCAGACAACACGUACAUGCUGAGGGUCAAAUCCACACGCGACGGCCGCAUCUUCCUAGCUGGCAAGGACGGUUGUCUCUAUGAGAUCAUGUAUCAGGCCCAGGAUGGUUGGUUUAGUCGCAAGUGUCGCAAGGUCAACCACUCCAGUAGCUCGCUGUCGUUUCUUGUGCCUUCAUUUCUUAACUUCUCUGAAGAUGACCCAAUGGUUGAGAUAUCUAUUGACGACAGUAGACACGUUUUGUACACUCGCUCCGAGAAGGGGACCAUUCAAGUCUAUGACAUGGGUGCCGACGGGUGCAGCAUGCGCAGGGUGACUGCCGUGUCACAUUACUCCAUGAUGAAACAUGCCAUGUACUAUGCACGGACCAUUGAUCGCUCCAACUUCAAGCAGAUUGUCCACAUUGCGGCCAUACCUUGCACAGAGUCUAGCAGAUUGCAUCUGGUGGCUGUUACACAGACAGGUGUUCGGCUGUACUUCACCACUAUCCCCUUCCAGGGUGGUUGGUUAGCUGGGGUCGGUGCCCGAGACAGACCGGUAACCCUCGCACUGGUACACAUCAGACUACCGCCUGGCUUCACUGCUAAUGCAGCCCAGCACCGACCGACCAAUGUACAUGCUGCCCUCUAUAGCAAAGGUACCUUGCUGUUGUGCGCCUCACAAAAUGAAGAGAGCGACCAGCUGUGGUGUCUGAAUCCUGACUCCUUCCCCUUCCAACGCUCCCUCAUGGAAACACAGGUGACUCAUGUGAUUGACAGCAGGACCUGGGUGAUCGAUGAGGUCCCAGCCGUUCCUAUCCUGACCCCUAGGCUGGAGCCUGUCUCUGACAAGCCUCGAGUACCGGACCCUCCCAGCGUGGUGACCCAGCAUACCGUCAUGUCGCCUGCCUAUAUACUGCUGAGCUCAAAGGGAAGUUACCUUGUGAGUAAGUUACGUCCAGUGGAUCAGCUACGACAACUGAUGCUGAACAACAUGGGACCUGACAACCCUGUCGUAGAGAGCUUCUUCACAUUACACAAGGAGGAUCAGGCGUGUGCUACAUGUCUCAUCUUGGCAUGCUCCAGAGCGUCCAGCGAUGUGCAAGUCGCUGAUUGGGCUACCCAGGCCUUCUUCCAGUACGGCAGCGUAGCUAGACUCCGGACCUACAUGGCACAGCCUCAGAACCCUGCUGCUAAUCUGUUUGGAAGCACUACACCUCUGGUUGGGCAGAGGCCAGGCAGCCAGUAUGGGACAGCGGUAACCAGCCCACCAACAACAGGUUUGCAGCCCAGCGUAGCCUCCACGCCACUGACAGCCAGUGGGUACCAGGACACUCCAAGGACCAGUGCAGGAUCAACUACCCAGCCAUCCAACGAUGUGGAAUUCUCGGGCAAACUCAAGGGGCUGUGCUUGUAUUUUGGACGAAUUGCGAGGCCACUGUGGGAAUUGCAUGUUGCAGUGGAAGCGACAUCUGUCGAUUACGGACCUAAGAGAAAUCUGCUUGUGACCAACUUUGACAGCAGUGAGCUAGCCUGGGUACUGGACAAGAUGAAGGCACUCAAGGAGUUCCUGGACAGGAAUUCCCAAUACACGGGAGUGGCUGAAAGUGUAAUAGCCACUGGGAUGCCAGGCUUUGUCAGGCCAGAGUCGGUGAUCGGUCGGCCAGUGGGACGAGAAUACACCCAACUGCAACAAGCCGAAGCUGAGAAUGUGGAGAGGAAAGCAUUGCAGCAUUUAGAGCAUCUGAUCAAUAGCUGUUGCGAGGUACUGGAGCUCCUCCAGCUCUUGUGCUAUCACCAGUUCCACAAUGUCACCGCAGCACUGCCACAGGAGACUCGAGACCAGUUGAAGCAGAUGACGUUCCGCGAUUUGGUCAUCAAUGGCAAGGAGGUUUGUGACAUGUUGAUAACAGCACUGAUCAACUGUUACAUUGGAGACAAUGCAACUACAGACGCCAUAAGCACAAAGCUACGAGAUAUCUGCCCAUCUAUCUACAGUCAAGAGGAUGCUAUAUGCUCCAAGGCCAGUGAACUGAUCAAAGGGGCCCAGCAGGCACAAACCCGUUCCGUCAAGGAGAAGAUGCUACAGGAAUCAUUGCAGUUGUUCAAGACAAUAAGCCAACAGUUGAUCUUGGCAGCAGUCUGCAGUGAAUAUCAUCAAGCUCGGUUCUACGAUGGAGUAGUUGACCUCAGUCUGUCGGCGGCUUCCAAGAGAGAUCCGCAGAACUUGGCGUUGCAUUACUACAAGAAUGGGAAACCCCCAGAGGAUAUGCAGGGCAUGCAGGCAUUCAUGGCCAGAUGUGAGUGUUAUAGGUGUGUGACAGACAUCUUAGAUGAGCUAGUGCUAGUCAGCCAAGAGCACCCAACGUCCCCUGUCGUCCCGACUUAUCCAGGCCCCCCACCCCAGCCAGACCCUAACCAGCUGUCUAGCCAAGACGCUAAGGCCUAUAUGGAGGCAAUGAUGCAGAAGGCUUUGUCAUGUGACGAUGAGUUGUUCCACGUGGCGUUGUACGAUUGGUUGAUGGAGAAAGGACUCAAGGAUCGUCUGCUUCAGAUCACGUCUCCCUACGUGGAGCAGUACAUGAAGCGUGCAGCCCAGUAUUCCGCCGAUAACCUACAUGUCAUGGAUCUGCUGUGGAAGUACCACGAGAAGACGGGCAACUACCCCGCCGCGGCCAGGAUCCUGCUCAAACUGGCUGAGAGACACAGCACUGAUGUAAAAUUACAACAGCGUAUUGAAUACCUGUCUCGAGCCGUCAUGUGCGCCAAGAGUAGUAACCUGAGAACGAGUACCAGCAGUGAAGGGGAAUUCCUGCAAGAACUGGAAGAGAAAUUAGAGGUGGCUCGGCUGCAGUUACAGGUGUACGAGGCUAUCGCACGUCACAGCACGGCAAACCCCAGAUUCAAAGCUGCACUUAUCAAGCUGAAUGCAGAAUUAGUGGAUAUUACCAAGUUGUAUGGAGACUUUGCUGACGUGUUUGAUCUGUACGAAUGCCAGCUCGCUAUCGUUCACUGCGCCGGUCACUACGACCAGCAACUGGUUCAGUCGCUAUGGCAACAAAUCAUUGACAAAGAGCUCAGUGAGAACAUUGACAAACCAGCCGAUGGUAGGAUGACCAUCCUUGCCAAGAAGCUUCAGGCGCUAGGACGCAUAUAUUCUUCCUCAGAACGCUACUUCCCUUUAGCAUUUUUGAUCCUGUACCUGGAGAAGAAAAGUUGUGAGUUGAGCUGGCAUCCUUCCUGGGUAUUUCGAUGUUUCCUGGACAUGGGCGUAGGACUUCCCAAGAUGCUGUCUGUGUAUGAUGGGCACUUCAAGGCAAAGGAUCCUUUCUGGCAAACCUGUGCACAGCCGUUACAUCUACUCAUUGUCAUCUGCGCAUUGCUGAAUACUUUUGCUGAAUCAGCCAGCCGUGUCGCCAUCCAUGAAAGACGUCAGUUCAUCAAUGUGUGCCUAGAUGCCAUCGCCAACUACAAAGUUGAGUUGGAGGCAACGACCGGCAUGCCACAGUCCGUACAGUCCAUCUUGAAGAACUUUAAGCAACUGCAAGCAAAAUUGGAUCGCCUUCAGAUCGCAAAAACUUGAAGAUGAAAUUAAAAAUCAAACCUAAAACCGAAAUACAUCAGGUAAAAAAUCAGGUGUGGAAUAAGAUGCUGUACGUAAAUGGUUUUUAGUGUCCCUUAUAAUAUAUGGAUAUUUUGUACGAGCGCCUUUUUUUGAAAGGAAACAAAAACGACCUCGACACUUCAUAAACCGAAGUCAAAAAAUCCUCUUAAUUAUAAUAAAAUUCUUAGUAAAAUGAUCUCAUCAAAAUCACCCAUGAUGUUUUCGAUUAUAAAUUUGUAUAAACAAAAAAAUAGGUUAUUUGUCUUUUUUGUGAUGAAUUACAAACAGCUUCCCCCCCCCCACCUGUAUUUUUGUGAUAGUCUCUUCAAUGUUGAUUUGGGGGCUAGUAAUUUGCAGCAGAUAUUAUUCCAUAGGCCACUAGACCUCUGUAACAAUUUGCUUCAAUGGUUUAGUUUCCCUUUGUAACAGAUACUUUUGGAGUUUUUUUGUAUGAGUGCCUUUUUUUAAAGGAAACAAAAACCGAUGUUACACUUAAGAAAGCAUAUGCCAGGUCUGGAUAUCAACUUAAAAAGGUAAAAAACAAGUGAACUCAUCCAAUUUACCUUUGAUGUUUCCUAUUAUGUGUUUGUAAACUAUACAGCUCUUGUUUUUUUUUCCCCCUUCAUUUUUUCUGUAAUUGAUAACACACUGAGCAUUCUUUUCUGUGUUUCUUUUUUUCUAAUUUUGGCGUUUAAGCAAUGAUGCGGAAAAGCCUUUGUUUUUGUUCUCAUUUUUUUUUCUUUCUUCUGUGAAUGAUUUUUGUCACAGCCAUUUUGGGCAUGUAACUUUGUCGUACACCAUUCAAAGUUAGCAUAUGCAUAGUCCCUAUUAGCAAAGUUGUGUCCCGAAGAGUGACGUCACGAUGAUGUCAUGUGACGUCAUCUUAAAGGUGCGUUUUUCAGUGGCCUAUAUCUACGGAACUACAAGGCCCAUUUGUUGAAACUUUGUAUGUACAUUUAAUGCAUUUUGUUCAUGAAAUUAUCAUUUAAUACACGACUGCACAUUGCCAAAAAAGCAUAAAUCCAUAAGAAAAAAAUUAUAAUGCGGAAAAGCCCUAUGUUCUGUUCAUCAAACAGACAUAGUUCUUUUUUUUUCUCUUUUUUUAUUGUCAAUUGAUUUGGUCCACAGAUUUUGGGGAAAAGUGAACACUAGUGCAUAGAUGCACGAGUACAAAUUUGACCAACGGCUUUUGUGUAAAAUGCAUCUGACCCGUCGCGCUUGGUUAUUAUUAUACGCUUGGUGUGUGUGUUCUGUAUAAUUGUGUUGCCUGAGACCAUUGUGUUGAAAAGAAUAUCCUGCACAGCUGGUGUAGUACGAAAUUUGGAGUCUAUAAAAAAAGGAUUCGUUGUAUUGUGUCGCGCAUGCCUUAGUGGACAUAAUUACAUGAAGGACAGUGACAGGUCACAUGUGCGACCAGAUUUUAUAGGAGUCCAAAUUUCAUGCGACACUUUUUUGGGGGGUGUUGAGAUGUUUGUGAAAGGUGGGGCCAAGGUCAGGGAGACAAAAUGCAGGGGAAAAAAGAGUUGUGCUUCAAUUUGUCCAUAGAGUAUGCAGUGUUGGUAGCGUAAGUAGGAAAUGUCAUUGUUUAUUGUUGGUGCAGGGUUGCUGGUAUUAGAUACUGUUGUCUGUAUUAAUUUCAUUAUUCUGAUGACUCCAUAUGGUACAUGUACUUACAUGAUGUACAGUGACCAGUCCGUUCAGCUAUUUCUUAAGCACUGGAAAUAUAAUUUGUAUUUUAGUUUGCAUACAAACUACAUGUAAAUACUUCAUGUUAUGUGAUCUGAGGUCUCUCAAAACCAUGUUUCAUAUUUGAUUUUUAGUUGCUUGCUACAUGUAAUGUAACAUUAACAUUUCAGAAAGGAAAAGAAUGGAAUAAAAUUUGACGACUUUCAUAAAUUA